GAGGAAGUAAAAAUAAAGGAAUUUCAACAAAUAUUAUAAAAAAAUCAAAUAUGCGUAAAUAUUAAACAUAUUCUAUGGUAUACACUGGAAAAAAGCAACAAUUAAGAUGUUUCAAACACCUGACAACAGAGAAAACCUAUCACUGAAGUUAUCAGAAGUUCUAGAUGAUAUUGGUAUCAAUGAACAAAUGGUUAUGAGAAGAAGAGAAAUGCAAACGCUGAAGGAGAAUGUUGCAACUGUUGUACGUAGGUUCCUUGAUGAAUUUAUAACUAUAUAUAUACUAGGGAGUCAGAGUGAAGGAACAACAACUAUAGGACUUCAUUCAGACAUUGAUACACUAUACUGUUAUCACGAUUAUAAUAUAAUACAAGACUUGUCAGAGUGGGAAUAUGACAAAGAUAACUACUUCAUGAUACAAGAUGAGAACACAACCCCUGGGUAUUGUUUCCUACAACUGCUCAGACACGAUAGACCUCUUCCUGCCACUGACAUUCCUGAUAAAGAUCAUAUAACUGAUAGAAAAGGAAGAAUUUUACUUAAGAACUCUAAAAAAAUUGAUUUAAUGUGUAAAGGUGCUGUACAGCAUGGACCUUCAAUUGCUAAGCAUGGACAGCAUUUAUUUUAUGAUAGAGACUUAGUGUUAGCUUUUCCCUGUAAGUCAUGGCCUCAGUCAGCUUCAGGAUGGUUAGAGAGACAGGGUAUUGGAAGAUGGCCAACACAACAGGUCAAAAGAGAUGCAGCCAGUACUCCAUGUUUUGUUGUUCCGACUGGAAGUAAGGUCAGUGUAUAUCCUGAACUAGAAUGGAGAAUAUCUACGUCCGUUGCAGAAAGAUGUAUAAUGUUUAAUUUAAAUAUAACACAAAUAAGAUGUUUGGUGUUAAUGAAAAUGAUUCUUAAAUCCUUCCUGAAUCCUCAAGGGGGAAUAAAUUUAUCAAGUUUCAUGUGUAAGACAGUUCUAUUACAUUGUAUAGAAAACACAGAACGAAGUAAAUGGAAAGAGAACAAUUUAUUGACAUGUUUAAUAUUCUGCUUACUUGAAUUAAACAGAUGUAUACAGAAUGACCAUUGUUCUCACUUCAUUAUACAGGAAAACAAUUUGUUUGCUGGGCAAUUUACACCUGUGACAAAAUAUGACCUUUCAAACAUUUUAAGUGAUUUUAUACAGAGCAUUGAACAAAUGAUACUUGGAAUUGAUAUUGACGAUCUUGGAUGUAGACUUCAAGUUAAACUGAACAUAGUACCACAAAGAGCAUAUGAUUUUCCUUCUUCUUUUGAAAUACGUGAAGAAAAUUCAUUUGAUAAUAAUUAUAAAUUUGCAAUGGAAUUAAGUGAUAUGCACUUUCAAAUCUUAGAAAUAUUAAACGAUGAACAUAAUACAACAAUGAAACAAUCUGUUGAAAUACUAGUGGCUUAUAGCAAAAUUGGUAAUUGGCUAGCGCAAGAUUCAUUCCACCUUAUACUUCCUUUUCUCUUUACAACACAUGGAACUCUCCUGGCAUCAUACAGCAUUGGUGAAAAUAACCAAGUGUCACCUGAAACAAUGGCUUUGCUAUUAAAUGGUGUGAACUCUGACUAUACAUCAGGCAGACUGAAACUGGCUUCAGUAUUGUACUGUACAGGAGAUAUGGAGAAUGCUGAAAUAAUUCUGAGACACAAAGAGCAAACAUAUCACUUUUUUCCUGUUUUACCUGUCUGUAAUUGCUGGGAGAAUACACCACCACAAACAGGAACUGCAGAAUUCAUGAGUGUAUGCACUAAACAAAGUAUCAAACAUAAUACUGCAUUUUGUGUCAGAUUCAUAAGGCCGGAGAUCAACUGUGUUCCUCAUGAGCUACAAUAUGAAAUGUUUAGAUCUACACAAGAUGACAUGACACACAGGGAUAAAACAGAUGACUGUUGGAUGGACUGGGCUACAGUUGAUUCCCUACCUUUCCUAUAUUUCCUACAAUACAAGGUCUAUGGUCAUCUACAAAGAUAUCUAGAUCAACAACAAGCACUUAAUAAGCUUAUAAAAACCAUAGAAACAGAUGAAAACCUUGGACACAGAGAAACAGCUCUCAAUAUAUUAGGACAAUGUAUGGAACAAGAAAACAGACCACAGCAUGCAUUAAAAUGCUACAUGCUUUCUCUUGGAGAAAGGAAAAGAAACAAUGCAGCAAAGUACCAUAUAUGUCGACUUCUUUCUCGAGUAUUGGAUGACCAGUAGAAUUUGGGAUGUUUGUUUUCAAAUGUUUGAAAUACUUCUUGUCCUAUUUAGACAUAUCCAAGUAAUAUGAUAUACUUUGCAUUUAAUUGAGGAUUGUAUCAAACAUAUUACAGCAUUCACAUUCAUUCUUACAGGAGAUAAACUGUGUUCGUCAUGAACUACAUUAUGAAAUUUUCAGAUCUGGACAGAUUUCAUGUUGCACAAAAAUAAAAAAGAAGAUUGUUGGAUUGACCGUGUUUU